UAUAUUGAGUGAUCCUUGAUCCAUACACACAAAGGCCAUUUUAUUUUGAAUAUCACAUUAGAUCUGUGGAAAAAUAAGGUCUGAACAAUUAACAGAGUGAUUUCUUGAGCACUUGAUUUAAUUUUCUCUCUAUUGUCACAUAUUGUUCCCACAGUAGAUGUUGCAAGCUUUGAUGUUUUGGUAAUAUGGAUGAUUUUACUUCUCUCACAUCAUGCCUUUAAUCCUUUAAAGUUCUUUUUUACAUUACUGCCUUCAGGUCUACUUGAUAGGUUUUUCCAGACAUCUUGAAUUACAGGUGAAAAAGCAAAAUGGCACCAAGAAAGAACUGUUUUGUGACAGCAAAAUGCUACUGUCAUAAUUUUAUGGCUGUCAGAAUGGAAAUGAAAAGAUAAAAGAACGAAGGAGUGGAGUGCAAGGAAGUGGUGUUUGGUUACACUUAGUCGAAGAGUUACCAGGUUCAGGGAAUUUUGAAGUCAUAUUUGAAAAAUUUGACAACGAUAUUGAAAGUAUGAUAAUCUACUACAAUGUAAAUUUGUUUAAAUAAUGAAACUGCUAUUGAUGCGAUCCACUUGCUUGUUAAGGCUACACAUACAAAAGACAUUUUAUGGCACUUACAAACGAACCACACAACCUAAAAUGGGAAAGCUUAUAACAUCUACUGUUAAUACACCUGAAUUUUACAGUUUGUUUAACCCAAAUUUGAUAUCCCUCAUCAAUUUGUUUAAAAAAUAUAAUUAUGAACUGCGUAUUGCUGGUGGUGCUGUAAGGGAUUUACUGACAGGUAAGAAGCCAGAAGACAUCGAUUUUGCUACUACUGCAACUCCUGAACAGAUGAAAGAUAUUUUUACUAAAGAAAACAUCCGAAUGAUUAAUUUGAAAGGAGAAUCACAUGGAACAGUCACAGCAAGGAUCAAUGAUUGUGAAAACUAUGAAAUCACAACUUUACGGAUUGAUAUAAAAACAGAUGGUCGCCAUGCUAAAGUAGAGUUUACACAAGACUGGCAUCAGGAUGCCGGUAGAAGGGACUUGACUAUAAAUGCCAUGUUUUUAGAUUUUAAUGGAAUCCUCUAUGAUUAUUUUAAUGGUCGGAAAGAUCUUGAAGAGAGGAGGGUUUGUUUUGUUGGAGAACCAGCAACCAGAAUUCAAGAAGAUUAUAUCAGAAUCCUUCGGUAUUUCAGAUUUUGGGGAAGGAUUUCAUCACAAAAUGGGUUGCAUAACCCAGAGGCUCUUAAAGCCAUUGAAGAGAAUGCAGUUGGUUUAAGUGAUAUUGCAGGAGAACGAAUUUGGGUUGAAAUGAAAAAAAUUAUCACUGGUCCCAAUUUUACCAGUGUUAUUGCUACAAUGGCCAAAUUAGGUGUUUUGAAACAUAUUGGAUAUGCAGAAAAUGUGAAUAUUGAAGAAAUGGAUCAAGUCUGGAAACGAAUGAAGGGUUUCUCUAUGUUGCCUAUGACUUUGAUGUCAACAUUAAUGUAUGAUAGCCAAGAUGUCAUGAAGCUAAAUCAGAAAAUGAAAAUGUCAAAUGAAGAAAUGAAUUUACUCAAUUUUAUAGUAGAAGAACGGUACAAAAUAUCAGAAGAAAAUAUUAUUAAGCAUUAUAAAGAUAUGGUCUUGAGUGGACGUGAUAGCAAAUUGAAAGGCCGUAUUUUAGAACUGCUUAAAUACUUGGGUGAAGAGGACUUGCUUACAGAAUUUAAUGAAUGGAUUCCUCCAAAAUUCCCUGUCUCUGGAUACGAUUUAAUGAAACAAAAUAUUCCUAAAGGCCCUAUAUUUAAUCAAACUUUAAAUUUUCUCAAAGAUGUUUGGAAAGAAAGUGAUUAUAUCCUAACAAAAGAAGAAUUGUUGAGGUUGGGCGAGAAAUUUGUAUCAGGCUCUGAAAGUAAAACUAAAUUAUUGUAGAUAUUUUUCUUCUUGAUAAAUAAAUAAAAUUGUUAUACUGUU